UCCUGUAAACAAAGAUGGCGUCCUGAGCUCCGGGUUGAGGCACGCGUGGAUGCUAGUUCGUUGUUUUUCCACCUUGUUUACUAGUAUUUCUUUCAAAGAAAGUUUUAUUUCACAGCGAAGUCUGAUAUCCAGAGAGCGAAGAAGAAGAUGAAAGUGAAGGUGCUGUGCCGAAACCCGGACGACUAUGUCCGCGAAACCACCAGAGACAUCCAGCGUGUCCCCAGAAAUUAUGACCCCACGCUGCACCCAUUUGAGGUGCCGAGGGAAUACACUCGGGCAAUGAACGCCACCAAGCUGGAACGCGUGUUCGCCAAGCCCUUCGUGGCGGCACUAGAUGGCCAUAGGGAUGCGGUGAACUGCAUGGCGAAGCAUCCGACCAGUCUGUCCACGCUGCUGUCUGGCUCCUGUGACGGAGAGGUCAAAGUGUGGAACUUGCCCACGAAGAAGUGUGUCCGCACGCUGCAGGCGCACGAGGGGUUUGUUCGAGGAAUGUGUGCGCGCUUCUGCGGAACCUCGUUUUUCACGGUUGGUGAUGAUAAGACCAUCAAACAGUGGAAAAUGGAAGCACCUGGUUAUGGAGAGGAAGAAGAACCACUGAAUAUGAUUCUGGGAAAGACCGUGUACACCGGUAUCGACCACCACCAGAAGGAAGGCGUGUUUGCGACUUGCGGUCAGCAGGUGGACAUCUGGGAUGAGCAAAGGAGCAGCCCCAUCCGCUCAUUCACCUGGGGGGUGGACAGUGUGAGCUGCGUGCGCUUCAACCCUGUGGAGACGGAGCUUCUUGCCAGCUGUGCUUCAGACCGAAGCAUCAUACUGUAUGACAUGAGGGAAGCAACUCCCCUCCAGAAGGUUAUUAUGAACAUGAGGAGUAACACCUUGUGCUGGAAUCCGAUGGAAGCUUAUAUCUUCACGUGUGCAAAUGAAGAUUACCACCUGUACACAUACGACAUGCGGCAACUGAGCAUGCCCAUUGUGAUGCACAGUGACCAUGUGUCAGCAGUUCUUGACGUGGACUACUCGCCGACAGGGAAGGAGUUUGUGUCUGCCAGUUUCGACAAAACCAUCCGCAUCUUCCCAGAGAAGAAGUCUCACAGCAGAGAGGUUUACCACACUAAAAGAAUGCAGCAUGUCAUCUGCGUGAAGUGGUCCCUGGACAACAAGUACAUCAUGACCGGCUCAGACGAGAUGAACAUUCGCUUGUGGAAAGCCAACGCCUCCGAGAAGCUGGGAUUGUUAACUACUCGGGAGAAACAGGCCCAGAACUACAGCCAGAAGCUGAAGCAGAAGUUCCAGCACCACCCACAGAUCCGGCGCAUUACACGCCACCGCCACCUGCCCAGGGAGAUCUACAGCCAGCGGAAGGAGCUGCAUGUCAUGAAGGAGGCGCGCCGCAGGAAGGAGCUCAACGUGCGCAAGCACAGCAAGCCCGGCUCCAUCCCAUAUGUGUCGGAGAAGAAGAAACACGUGGUCGCAGUGGUGGACUAGAGUGUGGUGCCUUCUGCAGAGUCCGUCUGCUUGGUGACGCUAUGCGUCUCCACCAAAGGCCAACCGCAAAGGGAGCAGUAUGGUGCUGGGAAGAUCACUACUCCUAGGGAUCACUGACUCCUCUCAGUCAUGCAUCUAAGGCUUAAGAUGGAAUAGGGGAAUUUAUUAUUUUUUUCUGCCCACUCUUACUGUUGGUUUAAGACUCUUGGAAUCGUGCAGUGUUGAAUAUCCAGCAGCUACGAUAACACCUUGAAAAUUCAACUCCUUUCUAACAGUUUAGUGUCCGCUUGCUUUUAUAUUGGAUGAAUGAAUCCUUCACCUGCAUACAUGUGAUGUAACAAGCGAUAUGUUACUCUUGAAUACCUGUUUGUAUUAAAAUACUCCAAUAAAACAUGGACUGUAAUGAUGAGGUAUUAUUUGCACAAGGGCCUUUCCAAGCCAAUUAUUUGCCAUCUGUUACCCGAGUGUUCAGUCUGGAUUCUGGUUUUCCAGCUCCUUGACAAACUUUUUUUUUUCUCCUGAGGAAAAAGUAUUUGCUUGUUCAGGUGUUUGGUUUGCCUUUGGAGUAAAUAUGUACUGAAAAGGUUGUCUU